AUGGCCAAUUCAAAAUAUGAAUAUGUCAAAGCAUUUGAACGGGAGAACUACUUGCUUCCCGAAACGUAUAUAGUUAUCCGUGUUGAUGGGAAAGGCUUUCACAAGUUUUCGAAAUACUAUGACUUUGCAAAGCCUAAUGAUUUGGGCGCAUUGCAAGUGAUGAAUGCUGCUGCAAUGCAGAUAAUGCACCGAUACAGCGAUGUGCUUCUUGCGUAUGGCGAUUCAGAUGAGUAUAGUUUUCUAUUACGUCGAUCAUGUGAGCUUUACGAACGUAGAGAGAUGAAGUUGUGCACCUUAUUUGCAAGCUUAAUGAGCACGUAUUAUAUGCACUUUUGGAACCAGCGAUAUCCAGAAAAACUGAUUCAAUUAGAGAUGAUUCCAACAUUUGACGCUAGAGCAGUGACCUACCCAAACUUUAGAACUGUAAGGGACUAUUUCAGUUGGCGACAGGUUGAUUGUCAUAUCAACAAUUUGUACAAUACAACGUUUUGGAACUUGGUUGAGAAACUCGGGCUCACGGGACAAGAAGCUGAAAAUAAGCUUAUGGGAACGGUUUCUUCAGACAAGAAUGAGAUUUUGUUCAAGGAAUGCGGUAUAAACUAUAAUAAUGAGCCCGAAAUUUUCAGAAAAGGAACAAUAUUUGUUAGGGAGAUUGUGAAUAGCAAGGAAUGUAAUGAUGAUGAUGAGAUCAAACAACUAAGUGCGAGACAAAAGCAGAGACAAGAAAAGAUGAGAAAAAAAGCUGAGAUAAAGGAGUACCAUGUUGAUAUAAUUAAUGAUGACAAUUGGUGGGAAUCACGAAGCUGGUUAGAAAGAUCCUAG